AUGAUGGAACAAAAAAUUAAAUUACUCCUUUUUAUAAACAUUUAUAUUUUUAUUCUUUUAACAUGGAUAUGCCGUUCUAAGAAUGAUGUGAGUACAUUUAGUAAAUCCAAGUAUGAGAACUGUAGCCUUGGUAGAAAAUUAAAGACAAGAAAUUAUCGAUCACUAGCAAAAUAUAAACAAAAUAAUGAUUUAAAUAAUGUUUGUUUAAAAGAAGAUGUAUCAAAUAAUGUACAGUGCGAAAAAAAAGAUAUAUCUAAUAAAGAAAAAAACAGAAAAUCGAAUAGGAAUUUACUAAAUAAAGCACAAUACUAUACAGAUGUUAUAGACUAUAAUAAUGGAAUGUUUGAUGGUAAGCACUUCCAUUUUGAAAAAAAGUUGAUCAAAAAACAAUGUUAUGAUGAUUAUCUUGAUAAAAACAAAAAAAUUAGUAAUAUAGCUUUAAAAAAAAUAAAAUUUAAAAGUUAUGGAUUUGGAAUUGCUAUAUUUAUACUUUUCUUCUUAUUGGGAAUUGGAUUACCCAUAUUACGUGGAUUAGAUUUGGGUAAGAACCCCAUUUUGAGAACUUUUAGUUAUUUGUGGGAACAUAUAGAAGGCAAACUGGAUGAAUCAUUAAAAUCCUUAGGCGUAGAAAAAUUUUUUCUAAUAAUAUUUUUGGUAUCUAUCGUAGUACUAGGUGCUAUAAUUAUAUUAACUAUCCCUAAAAUAUUAAGAAAUAAUGAAAAAUAUAAAAAAAUAAAGUUGAUGACUGAGUAA